UGCUUUUAUUAUUUGACAAGUCUAAUCUGCUCCAGUUAUUGUCUCUACCUAAUCUACCGUCUCUGCUUAUCUAUUAUUGUAGUAACUGUAGUCGUAUCAACUUGACUAGUAAGUUCGUUGGAAAGUUUUGUAUGCCAAAAAUUCUCUCGCAGAUCUUAUCUUAUUUCCGAGUAAUAUAUAUGUGAUAAGUGGUCAAUGGAUUGUCGUGAAAUCUAUAAAAAAGGUGAAUAAGACUAAAUAAAUGUUUCUUUCGGAUGUGAAAUAAAUAGAUGCGAUACCCUCCGGAAGUACGAUCGAAUGCUCUGCAGACAAUAUAUAUUAAAAUAUUUCUCGUUCAUUGACCUUCGAAUGUGUUGCAUCAAAUGCGCUUUAGGUUCAUCUUGUUGUUCUCUAACGUGAUCGGGAUAGUCACCAUGUCUGCUAUCAUUGGGAUGACUACAAGUACAUUCAAUUAUUUCGCGUUUGGAAGUAAUCUAUGGUCGAAGAGAAUUCUCAUGGAAAGUCCUACAGCAGUAAGGAAAGGAAUUGGAUAUUUAGAGGAUUACAAAGUUGACUUUUUCCAUUAUGCCGCUCGAUGGAAAGGUGCUCCCGCCACUAUUAUAGAAGCCCCCGGUCAACGUGUUUGGGGUGCUAUCUGGGAGAUCAAUUCCUCUAAUCUACCUGAUUUGGACAGACAGGAAGGUGUACAUAAUCAAGUUUACAAGGCAUUAUCUCUGCCGAUUAUAGAUUCCAAGGGAGAUACACUGGAAUGCAGAGUGUAUCAGUUAGUUAAAAAUCCACCAGUACCAGAUUUUGAAGAAGCACAUCGACCGUUCGAAAGACAACCAUCGAAAACCUAUAUGAAAAUUAUACUUGCCGGAGCGAAAGAAUCCGGUCUACCAGAAGAAUAUAUAGGAUUUUUGAAAACGAUCAAACACAAUGGCCAUUCAGGAGAUCCGCGAUUUGAGAUGGAUUUAACGAUCGAAGAUUGAUCACAAUUUUAUAAACUGAUAUAGAAGAAUUUAUUGAAUUUAUAUGUAUAAAAAAAACCUAUUAUCAAAAACAA